AAACGCCCAGGCUGAACCGCUGAAGGACACGUUCUUCUUCCAUUCUAUCGAUUUCCUAAAUCAAACAAAAAAACUAAUUAAAAAAAUUGAAUAAUAAUAAAAAUAAAACAUUGAGAAUAACGAAAUUCUUCAAUAGAGAGAUAGAGAAGGAGGUGAGAGAGGGAGGAGUGCUAAGAUGCGCCGGGAGGUGGUGGUUUCGUUGCUGGUUCUGUGCUUCAUCGGAAGCGACGUCGUACAGGAGGGGGAGGGAAUUUGGCUGAACGUCCCGCCAUCGAAGAACAAGUGCGUGUCGGAGGAAAUCCAGAACAACGUCGUCGUUUUGGCCGACUACGUUGUCAUCUACGACGAUCCCGCCCACGUCACCCCCACCAUCUCCGUCAAGGUGACAUCACCAUAUGGAAAUGAUCUUCAUCAUCAGGAGAAUGCAACACAUGGACAAUUUGCUUUCACAGCUCAUGAGGCUGGCAACUACCUGGCAUGUUUCUCGGUGGAUGGUUCUAACCCAGGAGGUGGAGACGUAAGUGUAAACCUUGAGUGGAGAACUGGAAUUGCAGCAAAAGAUUGGGAAUCAGUUGCAAGAAAAGAGAAGAUUGAGGGUGUUGAGCUUGAGCUGAGGAAACUUGAGGGAGCAGUGGAGGCAAUUCAUGAGAAUCUGCUCUAUCUCAGGACGAGAGAAGCGGAGAUGAGGACAGUGAGUGAAAGGACGAAUGGGCGGGUGGCAUGGUGGAGUAUCAUGUCCUUGGGUAUCUGCAUUGUAGUUUCGGCUCUGCAGUUAUGGCACUUGAAGCGUUUCUUUCAGAAGAAGAAGCUUAUAUAGACUUUGCUAAUCUACUUGUGUUUCUGGAUGGAAGAAGAAAUUCUUCCACGUUUUUUUACUACAAACAUUUUUUUUAUUAUAUGUUGUCGUAGGAAAAUUUUGAUACCAUUCACAAGAUGUCCAGCUUUUGAUGUCCGUGAGAGAAGUUUUGUUCUUCAUCCCGUAAUUGACGAGGAUAAAAGCAUGGGA